UAGAACCUGGUGGAGGGCCUCUUUGAAUGUUCAGUGGGACUCAGGUGUGGCUUCUUGCCUGCUUGCCUUCUGCCAGUGUAAAAAGGAAUUAGCACCCAUGGCAGCUGAGAACUUUGUUGAGGAAUUCUGUGAGGAAACAACAUGCACCAUCUGCCUGGAGUGCUUCAAGGACCCCGUGACCAUAGACUGCGGGCACAAUUUCUGCCAGGCCUGCCUCAGCCAGUAUUGGGAGGAAUCUGACAAAGAGGCUUCCUGCCCUCAAUGCAGAGAACUGGUUCAGCAAAAGCAGUUCAAGCCAAACAGGCAACUGGCCAACGUUGCCAAUCUGGUCAAGAAACUUCAACGGCUAAAAAAUGGAGAAGAGGAGGGGGACAUGUGCGACAAGCACCAGGGGUUGCUCAAAUUCUUCUGUAUGGAUGAUAUUACCCCCGUUUGUGUGGUGUGCUGCAAGUUCACACACCGCAGUCACAAAGUGGUCCCUAUUGAGGAAGCAGUCCAAGACUACAAGGAGAAAUUCAAAGCCCUCUUAGAACUUCUGAAGAAAGAGAAAGGAAAACUAAAGACCCUGAAAUCAUUUGAAGACCUGAGUAGACAUGAAUUUCGGAAAAAGUUUGAAUUGGAGCAUCUUAGGGCCAGAUCUGCCUUUGACAAAAUGCACAAGUUUCUUGAAGAGUGCCAGAGCUUAUGGAUGGUUCAUCUGGAAGAGAUGGUGAAAGAGAUGGAGAAGAGGACAGAAAAAAAUAUGACUAACAUCUCUAAUGGGUUUUCCAGAGUCUCUCAGCUGACCACUGAAAUAGAAGAGAUAUGUGAGCAGCCAGCAAAUAAAUUCUUACAGAACAUCAGAAAUGCUUUGGACAGGUAUAAGAAGGACAUAGAAGAGUAUACACAGGAUCUUUCUCCCAGCCUGGAUGAAAAAUUCAGAUAUUCCUGUCUGAAAAAUUCUGUUUUAGAGAGGGCUAUCGAAAAUUAUAAAGAAUUUGUUGAGACAGCUCUGAAUCCAAGCAUUUUGCAACCAUCUGUGCACCCAGAUCGUCUGAAGGAAUUUGCAAAUAAAGUGUGUGUGACGUUUGAUCCAGACACGGCUCAUCCCUACCUUAGACUGUCUGAGGAUCUGAUGACUGUGUCAUGGGAAACUAGAAAGAAGAAAAGAGAACAUCUGAAGAAGACCUUGCCUAACAACCCAGAGAGAUAUAGCUGGGAGACUUGCGUGUUGGGCAGUCAGAGGUUUACCACUGGAAUCCAUUGGUGGGCAGUGGAAAUAGGGGGGAUGGGGAGCUGGGCUAUAGGGGUUGCAAAGGAAUCCACCAAGAAAAAGGGAGUACUACAGAUGAAUCCUGUUGAGGGGGUCUGGUCUUUGAGGAAGCCAUUCCACUCUGCCUCAUACCUUGCAUGUGAGCUUGUGGCAGUGAUCAUGCCUGAGCCAAUUGUUUUGAUGUUGAAACAACAGCCCACCCAAAUUCUUGUGGUCCUGGAUUAUGAGGAUGGUCGGGUAGAAUUUUUUGAUGGUGAUACCAAUGGAUUCAUCUUUGCUUUCAACACAGGAUCUUUCGGUGGGGAGACAAUCCGUCCUUUUUUUGAUUUGCGGGAAACGGGUUUCUGUUUGAAGUGCUUACCUUGAGCUCAGGAAAAGUUAGGGUUUUUUUGGACUGCAGCUCCUCAAACCUUCCAGCCAGGAUUACCACUGACCAUUGUGAUGGGGGAAUUCUGGAGGGAGAGGGUGCAGUCCAAAAACCUGACUUCCCAUGCUCCGAGAUAAAGUUGGACAAGUGGAGAGCUCAGGCUACCAGCACAGAAUUGUUAAGUAAUGGGGAGGAACUGCCACUUGUAACAUCAAUUGGUUUUAAACUUUGACUUUUUAAAAACUCUAAUUUAUUUCUUUGCAGAUGUAUGAGUUUGUUGGAGCUGAUGCUUUUAAUGGUGUUCGGUCAUUUUAACACAAUUUUUUAAAAUGGGAAAAUAAAGUUUUGUUUGG